GGCUUCACAGUGGCCCUGUUCUACUGCUUCCUAAACACUGAGGUCCAGAACACCGUUCGGCACCAUCUGGAGAACUGGAAGACUAGGAGGUCUUUGGGACCUAGUCGUCUAAGAUCAGGGAGUCGUAGCAAGGACUGGUCUCCUCGAUCCAGGACAGAGAGCAUACGGUCCCAAAGAAAAAGCUUAGACACUGUAUAGAUAUAAAACUUUUUAUACAAAUAAAGAUUGUACUUUA